UUGGUUCGGUUACUAAGCAAGUUAGACGAGCUACGGCGAUUUUUUUUCUUGCUUGAGAUACAUUAUGGAUGUGUGUAUAUGAUAAUGUAGGUAGUUCUUCGUUUGGAAUAGACUUUCUUUGAUCAAAUUUAUGAGAACGAUGGACAUGAAUUACAUUACUGAUGUUUUGUAUGGAGGUGUAGACUUCACUUUGCCCGGAAACGGGGGGAAAGAAUGCGCUGAAUUCUUGACUCCGAAGCAGAGAGUUGUAGAAACUGUGGUAUACGAACUCUUCACAAUCUUAGUGUUCUGGAAAUUGUUAGGGAAAGUUUCUGUACCAGAGGAUUUGCCGGCGUACAGAGAAGGUCGUGGAGUUGGUAAAAGACUUCUCUUGGUUGUACAUUGCCUCGUGUUUGGAAUCGAGAUUGGGUUCAAAUUUGCUACAAAGCAGGUUAUAUUCCUUCUCAAUCCUUGUCAUGUUGUAACAGCAAUUCAGAUAUAUCUGUUAGUAGAACCUCCAAGUAAACGUGUACUUUGUGUUUUUAGAAUUCACAAUUACUUAUUGUUUGGUGCUCUUCAAGCAAUCCUGCUUCCAGUGGUCAAUACUAGAUUGUUACCAUUUGAAGUUGCAACUUACUGGAUACAGCACAUCCUCAUUGCCAUUGUUGUGCCUUUUUUUCUUGUUUCCCUUCAAGGUCCAUUUGUUUUGGAACCAGUGUGGGACUUCACUUGGGCAACUUUGACUUUCACCUUUUUCUCUUUUUAUAUGCUGCUGUUUCUUCAGCCACUAGGAAUGAUCCUUCAGGUAAACCUGAAUAACAUGGUUUGUCCAGCUGUUAGUGACCCAUUCAGUGGACCAUAUUAUCGGAUCAUAGCUUGUUGUCAUCAACCAUUAUUAAUAUUUUUAGUUGGAAAAAUAUUUUGCAUCGUUGGACACCAAUUUGUGAAAGCAUUGUAUGGAGAAGAAGGGCAAAAAGUAGAAUGACAAUUCAGGGAUGAUAUUAACAACUAUAUAACUGUUAAUUUAGCUGUGAUGCUUGCUUUGAAACUAUGUACUAAAUGCAUACGUACUGUACAAUAGUCAAUUCUGAAUUAAUUUCAGGCUAAAGUAAUUUUCUAGGAUACAGUAAAAUGCAUUGCGUUGUACUAUGGUUGUUGCACAUAACUGACUUGCAAUGCUUAUCAUUUCACUUUAUUAUUUGCAUAUUUCUCAGGUCAUUUUUACAAUUUAACUGUUAGGAUGGGUAGUGGGUCAUUAGAAAAAUUAUAAUUAUAUCGUUUCAAAGGAUAUUGGUUGCCUCAAUAAUGUAUAGAAAAAUAAACUUAUGUCUUGCUGCAAAACCAUGAAAACAUUGAACUGAACACCAGAAAUGUUAUGAUUUUUUUUGUUCAUGUUCUAAAACCCAAACAGGUGUGAGAAAACUAAACUGCAAAGAGCAACUGUAAUCAGAUUUGCUCAUGUUUCCUGAAUGUCAUUUUGAUUGAUUAGUAUAUGAUUUCAAGGCGUAUUAGAAUCAAAUUUAGGUGUGUUCACAGUUCUCUAACUGCCUCCCGGUUAGCUCCUGCAUCUAUUAAUUAGUUAAUUUGGUUAAGCAGAAGAUGUUAAAGAACCCACU